GUUCCCUGCUCUAAAAUAAAUGCACACACCUUCACCGGCUGUCAUAUACACUGCAAAUAGGUCAAAUAGGUGUAGUGAAUUGUUCUGUCAGUUUAAACAUCGUAAUUGUCUGUUUUCCAUGUUUGGACAUGAUACUUAAUUUCCCGAGGAUUGUCUCAACUCGCACAUAAAAUCACUGUCGGGGAUCUUCGCGAGGAUUGUCUUGCAAUAAUUUGUUUUUAGAUCUGCAUCCCGUGUAAGGUGAACCAUCAUGUCUGUGGAAGAGAAUUGCAUCCUGGCAGGAAAGAACAACACUUCAAUCACAUUCUUAGAGUAUGGAGGUAUCCCGGCUAACAUCGGCUAUAACAUCCUAUUCUUUGCGAUUGUUGUGAUGUUGUUUUCUGUGUUCCGGAAAAUCGCUGGGGACUAUGGCCGCAUUGCACUCAUGCAACUGGGUGAAGAAAGAUUUCUUCGAGGAAAUCCAAGGAAAUCAUUGAACAAUGAGGAAGAGAAACCAACCAACGGAUACAAUGUAUGGACAAGUAUGUUUUACGGCGAUCACAGCAAGACCAAACAGGACAAGCCAUCUAUCAAUGCAGAUGGCCCUGCAGUAACGACACAGACUGAGGAGCUGCCUCACAACAAAGCACCGACAUUCUUCGAUUGGCUUCCAGCAAUGAUUAAAAUCAAGGAUGAGGACAUCAGACUGAAGUCGGGCGUUGAUGCGGUGCAAUACCUUCAGUUUCAGCGAUACCUGAUUUUGCUGACUAUUAUUCUAUGUGUGUUGUCUAUUGGUGUCAUACUACCAGUCAACUAUAGCGGGAGUCAGGAACUCGGACGAGAGAAUUUCGGUCGCACAACUGUUAGUAAUAUACCAACAAAUUCAGACAAGCUAUGGGUUCACACCAUCUUCUGUAUGCUGUUUUUCCUCAUCACUGUUGGAAUGAUGAGGCAUUUCUCAACACAUCUACCGUACAGGGAGGAGAAUGAUAAUGUAUCCCAAACUCUCUUUGUGAGUGGCAUACCACUAGAAAGGACAGAUGCUUCCCUUAUAAAGCAACAUUUCCAGGAGGCCUAUCCAGAUGUGAUGGUAACAGAUGUACAGUUUGCGUAUGAUAUCGCCAAGCUCAAGAAGCUAGAUACACAAAGGCGGGAUGCUCGUCUGAAUCGACUCCACUGUGAGGGGAUCUACUCUAAGACCGGUGAGAGACCCAGACUACGAGAGGGAACAUGUGGGCAGAUCGGCUGCUGUGACUGCUGUGGGGGACCUAAGGUGGAUGCUAUUGAUUACUACAGCGGUUUGGAGGAGGAGUUGACGAGGCAGGUGAUGAGCGAGAAGGGUAGAGCUCUUCAGAGUAACCUUGGCAUGGCAUUUGUCACAGUGCAGAAUGAAGUCAUGGCUGGCAGGAUUGUGAAUGACUAUGCAACCCUGAAGACUGGUCCCCCUACCGUGUCUAGCGUCAGCAAGCAGCUUCACUCUACAGUCUGGAGCGUUGACUUUGCUCCUAAACCUGAUGACAUUGUCUGGGAGAACCUGUCUGUUGGGCCAUUGCUGUGGUGGAGCAGUGUCAUCUUUGUCAAUAUUGCCUUAUUUAUUCUCCUGUUCUUCCUGACGACACCAUCUGUCAUCAUGACAAGUCCAGUUGGAAGUAAAAACAUCGAAGAUGCUGUCAAGGAAGCCAAGUCUCCUUUCAUCUCGCAAUUCUUGCCGACUCUUCUUCUGUGGACUUUUGCUGCCCUGCUUCCCUUGUUGGUGAUCUACUCCAGUUACUACUGUGAGUUCCACUGGACACGCACCAAACUCAACCACACCAUCAUGCGUAAAACCUUUCUGUUCCUCAUCUUGAUGGUGCUUGUGCUGCCCUCGCUUGGUCUGGCUAGUGCACAAGCUUUGUUCGAGUACUGGAUCAAAUCAAGCAACAAGGAUGUGCCGUUGCGUUGGGGCUGUAUCUUCCUGCCGGAGAAUGGAGCCUUCUUUGUGAACUACGUGAUAACAUCAGCCUUCAUUGGGACAGCGCUAGAGCUCAUCCGAUUUCCAGAACUCUUCCUGUAUGCAAUCACUAUGCUGUGGACGAGGUCUAAGGCUGAGAAAAUCACCAAGAGAAGUCGACUAGCCUAUGAGUUCCAGUACGGUGUCCAGUAUGCGUGGGUUCUGACAACGUUCUCUAUAGUUCUUGUGUAUAGCAUCACUUGCCCACUAGUUACUCCAGCGGGUCUUGUCUACAUUAUUUUCAAGCACUUGGUUGACCGGUAUAACAUCUACUUUGCCUAUGGGCCGUCUCGUAUCGAUAAGGACACCCAUAACACGGCUAUCAACUUUGUGGUCAUUGCUGGCAUGCUCCUACAGCUCUCUGUACUCUUCUUCUCUGUUCUCAGGCUCGGCUCCGUGGAUCCCAGGUCAAUCCUUAUCUCAGUGUUCCUAGUCCUGUGUAUCGGACUGUACAUCGCUAAGGUAUGCUUCAACAUCUGGAUGGGCUAUAUCCCACCCGCCUAUGAUGAAUUCACAAAUAUUGAAGACCAAGCUCCGUCUGCAGAUGAUGAUGCAAAGAACUUCAUCCCGGAUGUGCUUCAAGAGGAAAGGGACGUCACUACCGUCGAGCCAGGAGAAGCUGCAACCAAAGGGAUUGCAGCCCCCAAGCACGCAUACGGCACCAUGGAUGGACCCACAAGCGAGCGCAUACAUUACACGCACAGGGACACGCCGGAUACGUCCGAUGAAGAAUGAUGGGAAGAGGUGGAGAGAGAUGCUGACCAUCUUUUCCCACGGCAGAGAAACGGUUGCCAUGGGGGAAACACAAAGGUAAUACUGAUAUGCAGGGGGUGAGAAAGUGUCUAAUUGAAGGACAGAGUUAUUGGAAAACCCAAAAAACAGACUUGUUUAAAAACGACAGAGGAAUAAAGCUGAAACCAAAGUGGUGUGUUGACAAGUUUACGGCAAUAUUGCUCGGUGAUGCUUGGGAUGGUGAGGGGAAUUCUUAAAGAGCACCGUGCAAUGUUAGAAAGUUAGAAACGACCUUUCUUCCUUGUUGAGGGUUCAGGGUUUAGCUCAAUCGUUUGUUAGAUGGCCAAUGGACUUGUUAAGGUAUGUACCACAGAUGAAAAUGUAAAACUGUAGUUUUGCUACAAAGUAUUUGAGUAGUUAAUCUGCGGAAUUUCUACUGAGAAAUGUUGUUAAGGGUCAACAAAUAUGUAAACGAAUUUAUAAAAAGUAGUGAUAAUGUGGAGGUUUCUCGUACAUGUAGGUACAUAUGUAACCAUGCAAACCAUCUGUGUAUAUAUACACAGAUGACCUUAAGAGUUGAAAAUCAAGGUCUUACAGGGGUCAUAGGUUGUUUACAAAGAUCAUCAAAGAGAGAAGCAGUAUUCUAACAGAGUUUCGGAAUGAAGUAGGAUGUCUGUAUCGUAGAAUCUCGAAGUGGACAUAAAUAUUGUGGGGGGUCAUCAAAAUCAUCAUAAAGGUCAUCAAAAUCAUCAAAGUGGUUAUCAAAAUCAUCAAAAAGGUUAUCAAAAACCUUUAAAAGGUCAUCAAAAAUCUCAAAAAGGUCAUCAUAAUCAUCACAAAUGUCAUAAACAUUCUCAAACGGUCAUAAAAA